AAAUUGCAAAACAAAGAGAUUUUUCUUCUGAUUUUUGCAGAGGAGUAUGAUCUGGAAAUAACCAACAACGGUCCCAUCACAACAGGAGCUCAAGCUACUGUUCGUGCCAGUCUAAGUAUGAAGAAUGACAGAAUGGCCUCACACUUUUAUCAUUUUAACUGGAUUUAUGCUCCUCUGAUUCUCAUUGAGAAAUCAGAGCAGCGGUUUCACUCCCUGAUUAAUGUGACUGGUGAAUUUCCUGGGACUUUUCCUGUAUCUGUCUGGGUGACUCACAAAAACUGUUGGUUGUGUCGGCCUGUUGCUAGAAAUGUCACCGUACUUCACAUCACAGAAUUUAUCACAGGGAAUCUUACCGUUGCCCAGAUAGAAGACAGUUCGUUUAUCAAGCAAGGUUCAAGCUCAUCCACGGACACCGUGACCCGGAUUUCUUUCUCUCUUCAUGACCCAAGUGAUUACUUCAAGUCAGCGUCGUUUGUCUACAACUGGGACUUUGGGGAAGGGAUGUAUCAGAUUACCAAGGAGCCCUUUGUCUACUAUAACCAUUCCACUGUGGGGAACCGCACCGUCCAUCUGAAAGUGAUAGCUGAAUGGGAACAAAUUGGAAACAUCAUACAUGAAAGAGAAACUGUGCAGAAAACUGGCGAUUUUACCACUGCUCUGGAGCUGUUAGAUGCUGUUAAAAGUAUCAAUGUAGUGGGCUCCAGAGAGACUCACGUAAUGGAAAACUUGAGUUUAUCUCUUCAUAUCAAUGGCAGCCCACCACUGGCAUUAUGCUGGCUUAUAAAGGCUGAGUGCAUUCCACUUGAAGGUGAAAAAUGCCAUCUGGUGGUGAUUAACGGUUCUUGCUACAAUCUGAGCCAUACUUUCCGCGCCGCGGGCCAGUAUUGUCUCAGCGUGAGAGUGGAGAACGGCGUGACCAUGUUGCAGACAUAUCAUGAAAUAAAAGUAUGGCCAACAGGGAUCCAGCCGGCUUUCUUCAUCCUGCUCUGCAUCGCUCUGGUUUCAGUGGUGCUAGGACUGGUGCUGUACACGACCUUCCGAAGUAGCACACAGCAGAAAGAUCUUGUGGAGGUAGCUGACUUUGACUUUUCUCCGCUGUCUGACAAAAAACUGUCUUCUGCUUCGGAGUCAGGCUGUGGCCAAAUAUGUUGCAGAUCAUGUUGUCUUCGGUCAUCUCAAGAAACUGCCAGAGAGAGUCAUGAACUUCUACUUUCUUUUUACAAGCCAGUCAAAACUUACACAGUGUGAAGAACACAAUCUCACUUUGGUUGCACUAACUGCUGAGUUUAACUAUCCCACUUAGGAUGAGUUAAAAGCUCAGCGCUGCAUGGAUGGUUUAUUUUUGCCAAUGCAAUGAGGUUAACCACUUUACUAGGUCAAGCACAUGAGUAUUUCCUUGUGUGAUCUGAGAAAGAAAGAACCUGAAACACAGUAAAAGUAGCUUCAUAUUUUUAAAUUAUACGGGUGUAUACAUUUACAGCUGUAAAUGCAGCAUUUUAUUCUUAUGAAAGAUUAUUUUAUGCACAGGUUUGCUAAACUCAUUACCUUUGGUAAUUUGUCUGGUCCUUCUGCUAUUUGUUUCAAAGAAGAACAUGCCUAAGACAAACAUACCUCUCUUUCUUAUGUUACAACAAUAUUACUGGUAAUACAAGUCAGACAGAAUGCUGUUGAAUGUAUACUUGCUUCAAAAAGGAACUGACUUUUCCAGGUUGAGAAGAGCUUUAGCCUACAUGCUUCCAAUGAACCAGCCUAUCUAAUUA